GAUUACCAAAAUUUCCUUAUCGCAUUACGGUCUGGAUUUGUCCUGAAGUUCAACCCAAUCUAGGUGCAUCUACCUCGCCGAACAUACCAAUAAAGAUUCUACAUAUUUUCAUCGGUUCCUGUUGAAUUUAUUCCACAUAGCCAAAAUGGUCCGGAAACUAAAACAUCACGAGCAAAAGCUGCUCAAAAAGGUCGACUUCGUCACCUACAAGGGCGACAAUGACCACCGCGCAGCGGCCGUCUGCCGGCGGUACAUGAUCCAGAAGCCGUCCGACUACCACACGUACAACCAGAUCUGCGGUUCCCUGCGCAAGCUCGCGCACCGGCUAAGCUUGCUGCCUCCGGACAGCGAGGUGCGGCGCAAGCACGAGGCGCUCCUGCUCGAGAAGCUGUACGACGUUGGGGUGCUGUCAACACAGUCCAAGCUGUCGGCCGUCGAGCACGGCGCCACCGUCAGCGCCUUUGCAAGGAGGAGGCUGCCCGUCGUCAUGACGAGGCUGCAUAUGGCUGAAAACAUAUCGACCGCCACCAAGCUCAUCGAGCAGGGCCACGUGCGCGUCGGCGUGGACGUGGUCACGGACCCGGCCAUGCUCAUCACCAGGUCCAUGGAGGACUUUGUCACGUGGGCCGUGGGCAGCAAGAUCAAGAAGAAUAUUAUGAAGUACAAGGACAAGCUGGACGACUUUGAGCUUCUCUAAGUUUGCUGUGAGACGGCGAUAGGGGAGCAAGAAUGUCGGGUCUUUUUAUUUUUCACAAACACGUCCCCCAAACUUCAGCCCACUGUUUGUUUUCUUCUCGCAGAGGAACGCAGCAGAGAUCUUUGCCUGCCGGUUUAUGCGGGCAGGUAGCUGAUCAAUUCAGCGAGGAAUAGAUAGCUGUACCCACCAUCAGUUGGUACAAAGAAUUGUCUACUUCCUUGCAGAAAGAAAAAAGAAUGAAGAAAAGAAAAGAAAGCCCCCCAAGACUACGGGACUGGCUACGGGCAAUUCACUGCGCAUCAAGGAUUGAUGGCCAUGCGGGCUGGACGAGGGUUUGAAUCGGGACAUGCGACGACGGGCAUUGGCGUGCCAAGAUUUGGGCUUCCACCGAAGCUUCUGUCGUCCACACCUAAAAGUUAUUGUUACUCUUGGCGUGGCGUUCAAGGUGUUUUGGACUUCGGGUAUUGGGAUUAGAAGCAUCUAGUCUUCUGAUUGGUGCAUAGUUGAAUAGGAUUGUUGUUUUGUCGGCCGAAGUACCCUCUGUAUAGACGAGGGAUGAAAUUUCUACGAAGUAUGGAAUUUGGCAGCUUGCCCGGCUCCUAAGACAGACCAAACCCAAUUUACGGGUACUUGGAGCAGGAAUAUACAGAAAGACUUGUUUCCAUCACCUUCCCUGAGCAUACAGAAUGCCUUGAGCAUGCACUCAUUGUCUAAAUCAAGAGUGUUGAGAGUUGAGACAUUUUCGCCAGUUGUCAUGGAGGAUUGCACCCAAGAAAAGGGAAGCAUUUAUUCGAGCCAAUAGGGAGUGUAUUCAAAAUGGUGGCUGCUGAAGUUUUUAAGGAAGGUGGGCAUCAUCAAAUUUAUCUAGUCCUAGGCUAGAUAUGGAUAUAUAUAUGUACAAAAAGCGACCUCUACCAAAAGGGUCCCCGCCCC